AUGAAGAUUCAACAAGCCCGCCUGACGUCUCUCACAAGCGAACUACAGGAUGUCAAAUGGGAGAGAGAACUUUUAGAGCAGUCUCAUAAAAAGGCACAGUUAGAAAGAGACGAACUGUACCACAAAUUUCUGGAAGCUAUUCAAGAGGUGCAACAGAAGUGCAGCUUCAAGAAUCUGUUGCUGGAGAAGAAGCUGGCCUCUUUGGCCGACAUACUGGAGAAAAGAGAGUCCCAGCUGAACGAGGUCCUCUCCUUAACCAAAGUGGACCCUACAUCGAUUUGCAUGGUCACUAGAAAACUGGAGGAUGUGCUCGAUUCCAAGAAUUCCGCCAUUAGAGAUCUGCAGUAUGAGCUUGCCAGGACCUGCAAGGCACACAAUGACUUACUUCGUACGUGUGAGAAAAAGCUGAGUCAAUUCGGCAUUCCCAAAGACAGCCUGGAAUUCAAACCUUUAGAGAACACUGCACGGGGCCAGUCACUGGGCGCGGGGCCAGCCGGUUUAGUGUCCAAUCCUACAUAG